AUGUCUGAAGAAGUUGCGAAGGUUGCUGAACAAUUACAAAAAACCUAUUUGGAUGAUGUCACCGGUGAACAAGUGUCGAAAACCGAAUUAAAAAAGAGACAAAAGCAAAGAGCCAAUGACGCUAAGAAGGCAGAAAAGGCUGCUAAGAGUGCUGCUUCAGCUCCAAAGGUCGCUAAGAAGAAGGAUCAAUUAGUUGAUUUAAAUCCAAAUCAAUAUUUUGAAAUCAGAUCUCGUCAAAUUGACGAAUUGAGGCAAGCCAACCUCGCUGACGGCUCCGCUUUCAACCCUUACCCACACAAGUUCCAUGUUUCCAUUCAGUUACCGGCCUUCGCUGAAAAGUACAAGGAUUUGAAGAAGGGUGAAUCUUUGAAAGAUGUUGAAGUCAAGGUCAGUGGUAGAAUUAUGGGUAAGAGAGAAUCUGGAUCCAAGUUGAAGUUCUACGUUUUGAAGGGUGAUGGUGUUCAAAUUCAGAUCAUGGCUCAAGCUCAGGAUGUUGAAAAUGCUGAAGAAUACGAAAAGAUGCACGAAUACUUGAGAAGAGGUGAUAUUAUUGGUGUUACUGGUUAUCCUGGUAGAACAAGCCCUGCCAAGGGUGGUGAGGGUGAAGUAUCCGUUUUCGCCACUUCCGUUCAAUUAUUGACCCCAUGUUUGCACAUGUUACCAACUGAGCAUUAUGGUUUCAAGGAUCAAGAAGCCAGAUAUAGAAAGCGUUACUUAGAUUUGAUUAUGAACGAAUCUACCAGAGAUCGUUUCAAGGUCAGAUCUCAGAUCAUUUCUUUCAUUCGUAAGUUUUUAGAUACUAGAGAUUUUACUGAAGUUGAAACCCCAAUGAUGAAUGUUAUUGCUGGAGGUGCUACUGCUAAACCAUUCGUUACUCAUCACAAUGAUUUGAACAUGGAUAUGUUCAUGAGAAUUGCGCCAGAAUUAUUCUUAAAAGAAUUAGUUGUUGGUGGUAUGGAUAGAGUCUACGAAAUCGGUCGUCAAUUUAGAAAUGAAGGUAUCGAUAUGACCCAUAACCCAGAAUUUACCACUUGUGAAUUCUAUCAAGCUUAUGCCGAUGUUUAUGACUUAAUGGAUAUGACUGAAUUACUUUUCUCCGAAAUGGUCAAGAAAAUUACUGGUGAUUACAAGGUUACUUACCAUCCAGAAGGUCCAGAAGGUAAAGCUUUGACUUUAGAUUUCACCAGACCAUGGAAGAGAGUCAAUAUGAUCGAAGAAUUAGAAAAGGUUUUCAAUGUUACCUUCCCAGCUGGUGAUCAAUUGCAUACCGAAGAAACAGGUAAAUUUUUGAAACAAAUCUUAAUCGACCACAAAUUAGAUUGUUCUCCACCAUUAACCAACGCUAGAAUGUUAGAUAAGUUGGUUGGUGAAUUAGAAGACGCUUCUAUUAACCCAACUUUCAUUUUCGGUCAUCCUCAAAUGAUGUCCCCAUUAGCCAAGAAAGAUAGAGAUAAUGUUGGUUUAUGUGAAAGAUUUGAGGUUUUUGUUGCUACUAAAGAAAUUUGUAAUGCUUACACAGAAUUAAACGAUCCAUUUGAUCAAAGACAAAGAUUCGAAGAACAAGCUAGACAAAAGGCUCAAGGUGAUGACGAAGCACAAAUGGUUGAUGAAACCUUCUGUAACGCUUUGGAAUACGGUUUACCACCAACCGCUGGUUGGGGUUGUGGAAUUGAUAGAUUAGCCAUGUUCUUAACUGACUCUAAUACUAUCAGGGAAGUUUUGUUAUUCCCAACUUUAAAGCCUGAUGCAUUAGUUAAAGGUGAAGAGACAUCUGAUAAUUAG